CGUGCACCAAAGGAGGCUAGACCCAUCUGUAUCCACCCGAUUGCACCCCUGUGGCAUAAACUCGGUCAACAGAUUUACAAAUACUUCAAUUCCGUUAACCUCAAGUGGACGAGUAUUGAUCCUGCCUGCUUCACUGAAGUUGGAAAGGAAGCCGGUCCUCUUUUCCUUUGGGUGGGCGUGAUUCCUGGCACUCUCUCCCGCGAUGACGCUGAGGACGCAGCGGCACGCUGCCAGCAGAUUCUUGCAGAGUCUCAGAUUACCAGCAUCGAAAUCACAUUCCGCAAGUCA